CCCCAUGCUGAGCUAGUUUCUUUUCCUGCAGGAUUAUUCCCAUGAGCUGGUCUGCAUCACUAAAACAGAAAGGAUAGUUGUGCCAAUUCGGGCCAUUGCUGCCCGAGCUAUCCUGACCAUCCCAGACCAGCUGAACUUCUCGGAGUGUCCGGUCAAGAGCAGCACCAAGAAGACUCUGCUGCUUCGCAACACUGGCAACCUGGAGGCUCAUUACUACAUCAGCACCCAGAGUCCUUUCUCCGUGGUUCCGGCCAUGGGAGCUCUGGGUGCUGGUGACAGCGUGCAGGUGACAGUGGGAUUUCACCCGCUGACCACUGGUGCCCAUUUUGGGUCCAUGGUGGUGUGCUACAACACAGGUGAAGAAAGGAUCCACACAAACCUUCAGGGAGAAGCUGUAGAUGUCAGCAUCGGGUUGAGGACGUAUUCCGUGGAGCUGAAGAAGACUUUCAUCACCACGUCAAGCCACACAGCAAUGUUCAUCGAGAACAGGAGUAACAUCAGAGCCCAGUUCCAGUGGAAGACUUUUCCUAGUGAGGAAGAUGAGAAUGAAGAGAAGAGGAGGCAGUGUUACUUGCUGCGAUCACCGAGAGAGGCCUGCGUGGACAACACGACGGGAGAGAGAAGAAGAGCGAAGAAGAAGGGUUCCUGUGAAGAUCGCCGCGCCAUCCUGAAGAGCAGCGUCCGGGAGAAGAUGAUGAUGGUGAAAGAAGACCCCAUGCUAUUCUCCAAUGAUGCUUUUUCCCUUGAGCCACUGGAGGGAGAGAUCGGGCCAAAUAGUUCAGUCCAAAUCAAGGUGACCUUUAAACCCCUAAAGGCCCGAGAGUAUCGGAGUGUGGCUUACUGCAACAUCUCAGGCCGUGGGAGCAGGCUGCCCCUGCACCUCAGAGGGGAAGGCCAAGGACCCUUGCUUGAAUUCAGCUGUCAUAUGCUGAAACUUGGAAACCUUUUUAUCAACACCUCCCACGUCUAUGAGGUGAAACUCAUUAACCAAGGAGUUCUUGAUGCUCCCUUUGUCUAUAUCCCUUCAACCACAAAUGUGGGCUGCUGUUUCAAGUUUACACCCGAGAAGGGUGUCAUUGAACCAGGUGGGAUCCAGACUAUUCAGAUCUCCUUCAGUGCCACCAUACUGGGGGUGUUUGAGGAACAAUUCCAUUUCAGUGUGUCUGAAUCUCCUACGCCUGUGAUCCUGACAAUUGGGGGCUGUGUCAGUGGACCGACUUUACACUUCGACGUCGGUGAGCUCCACUUCGGUGACAUCUCCUUCGGCUUUCCUCACACCAUGACCUGUCGCCUCACUAACACCUCCCCGGUGUCCGUGACGUACAAGCUCCGCAUGUCAGACGAUGGCACGCAGCCUGCUGUCAGCAGCAUUGAUCAAAUCUGCAAGGAAGGUGACCCAUCCUGGAGGAAGGGAAUUCAUUUUUAUGUGGAGCCAAGGGAGUUUACAAUGAAUCCCAGCCAAGGGACCAUCCUCCCCCAGGGACACCAGGAUAUCGAGGUAUGGAAAGAGUCCAGCCAUACACGCUUCAGCACCAGGGCUGAAGCCUCACUGGAGUGUGGGAGGGCUUUAGCUCUGAUACCAGCUUUGAGCACGGUGUGA